ACUCACUCUCCGACGAGAGCAGACCGUUUAUUUCGAGUUGCGUAGUGAUCCUAUGUGAGUGCGCUUUUGUUUUGAUUAUUCGUACCAAGCGUCGGGUGUCGCGGGUUUCAUUCGGGCAAUGCUUGCAUUGGUUUGGUUCAAAAGUGCACUGAUUGCAUUUGUUUGUUACUGGCCGGGUACCGGGACGAACCGUUUCUGUGCCGCGACUGUGCGUUGAGUUGGAACGGCCGUGAACAGCCGUCGUGCGUGGUGUGAAUUGGUAAUUAAAUAUAAGAAAAAAAAAGUGGAAUUUUGACAGAAGCGUACUUUAAGUACGGAUCGUUUGCGCUCAUUCUUAGAUCGAUGCGUUGUCCAGAUGUGAACUAAAUUUAAAAUCUUCUCAAUCGGGAGCCGGUUUUUCUGUUGUUUGCUUGCUUGCUUGCUGGUGCAUGCUGGCAGAGGCGCACCAGGAGAUCAAUAAUGGCUUCAGCAGUCGGAGAUGAAAGCGGAAAGAAGUAAUCGAAUUCACGUGCAACCGUGAGCAGCUCAGGUUCGGUUCGAGAAGCCGGUUGAGCGAUAAAGACAUCGACGUGACGUGAUAAAGAUAAAGAGUGCAACCGUUGGCAGAAAUCGAACGGAAUAAUCCAAAUCCAUGUUUUACCCCGUACAGUGAUGCAAGCAGGAAAAUUGUGCUUAGCCUUUGUGUUGUUUACAUAGCAGAAAUUGAAAAAAAAAACCAUUCCGAAGCGAAUUGGUCGAGUGUAGAUUUACAGUUGUUUCAGGCGUGCAGAAAGCCAAGUGUUUUGAGAGGAAAAAAAACCAAACAAUCGGUCGUUCGUCGUUCGUUCGUCGUCGUCGUCAACAUCGUCAUCGUCGUCGCGAUCGCCUGGCAGUAUCAGUUGAGGAAGAAUAACGAUUUGAAGUAACGGCUUGAGAAAAGAAAACAACGCGAAGCAAACAUACCUACCUACUACUUAUACGAGAGGAGGCAGCCUCCUUCAUUGUAAUGUUAUCUUGAAAGUGUGCUGUGUUCGAAAUACUGGUGGAAGAAUAAACAACAAAAAAAAAGCGAAAGGACGUGAGAGGAGGCGAUUUAUAUGCAAAAAAAAAAGAAAAAGAAAAAAGAACGAAACCCCCAACGGCAUAUCUUAAGCGGUGUAGUGUCGAAUUCACGUGCGGUUGUUGCCAAGAUCGUUCGCAGAUUUUGGAGUCCAAAUCCAGAGUCCACUGCACCACAGUGUAUGUGCUGUCUUCGACCGCUGUUUUCCUGUAGUGUGUUUAAAUGGCACAGGAAAAAGGUUCUACUGCGAACAUCGUAAAACCGAUCGCUCCUCCGGUCGUUUGAGGACGUGUCUAGGGUUCAAACAAAUAGAUGGUUUUGAGUUUUGUUUUGAAUUUUGUUUCAUGGUUCUAAUAAAUCUCGGUGUGUGUUUAGCUUUUUGUUUUGUAUGCGGAAUGGACUAUCGAAACGAUCGGGUUUCGACAAUAAUUUAAAAAACCCGCUGAAAAGUCACACGAGUGCGCAAUUUCCAAACCACUGCUGGCCGAUCACCGUCGAUCACCCCGCCGGACGCCAGUGAAACUGAUCCAUCACCCCCGUGGGCACCCGGUGACAGCUCGCAUUACCCGCAGCUGCAUGCAACUCGCCGCUCAGCAUCCAGCCGCAGCCGAAGCCGCAGCCGCAGGUUGGCCGGUGUGAACCAUUGUGAACCUUUGGAGACUACACACUCCGUGACACUUCGUGCCAAUCCAUGCAUCCGUGCUUAUGUAAAGUGAAGUAAUGGGCUCAUAAAAUAAUUAUUAAAUCAUCGAUCGACGAUUGACCAUAUAGCGGCUGGCUUCGGAGGCUAGAAGGAGAGGACCAGCAAAACAAAACCGAAACAAAAAAAAAUAGCCAGCCAGAGUUGAAGUGCUUCUCCGGUUUGAGCUCUAACCAACGGAAUGGCGAGUGCAGAAUCGUGAUCCAGGUGGAAAGUCCAAGUUUAGAGAAUUAAUGUGAUAAAUAACGCGGUGCGCUUUCGAGGCUGGCAAAGUUCAACCCCGUACCGUAAGCGUGGUCGAUUAAGGGAGUUCCCUCCUUCGAGUACUUCGGGUGUCUCUUUCUCUCUGUGUGUGUGUGUGUGUUUGUGUCUGUUUGUGCGAGCUUACGGACACGUGCAGCAACGUCCAAUGGUGGCGAGCAAAAUUAGUCGUGUGAGUUAUGGUUGCAGAUUAUAAAUAAUAAAUAAAUUGAGGUGUAAUAAAGUAAUAAUACUAAAUCUUGGUAUCGUCGAAGUAAAGUGAAGAAAAAAAGAAUAAAUAGUUUGUGGAUUGCCGAUGCAAGUGCCGUGAAUAUUCUGUUGGAUACCGACCGAUCGUUUCCUCGAGCAAUAGGAGAAAGAAGGUGCAUCGGGAACUGAUUUGUCUUCGAGAAAAUUGAACUGUUUUGUGGAUAUUUGAUCGUGAUUUGGACCAUGGGAAAUCAGAAUAAAAGGCGGUCGAGUUGAUCUGACAACUUUUAAAAUCAAGUCUUCAGUGUAAACAUCAAACCGGAUGAUGAAAAGGAUGUCGCCACAACGCCGUCCAGCGAUGGGUCGUUCCGUUUGGCAGGCAACUAUCGCGUUGGUAGUUCUCGCAGUAUCAGCGUCCCCGGCAGCCUCGGAUAACGACUUCCGAUAUAUUUCCUAUCAGGAUUUGCUGCCGACGUCGGAUCGCUUCACGGAUGCCAACGUUACGUCAUUCUCCCGGCUGCUGUUCGAUGUGGCGCGUGAUCAAGUAAUCGUCGGUGCCAGGGACAACUUAUAUCGACUGUCGCUGCAUCUAGACGUGCGGGAGCGAAUGCCGUGGGAGGUCACUCCGGCGAUGCGCCACACCUGCCUGGAAAAGGGCCAGAGCGAGGAAACGUGCCGCAACCACAUUAUGGUGCUGGAAAGCUUCGGCAACCGAGUGUACGCCUGCGGAACCUACGCGUUCAGUCCGUCCUGUUCGUGGAGACAGAUCGAAAACCUUACGGCGACCAGGUUCGACAAUGGCGUAGCCAAGUGUCCUUUCAGCCCGUUCGCCAACAACACGGCACACAUGUCCGACAGUGGCAAACUCUUUGCCGGCACCACAACGGACUUCUCCGGAUCGGAUCCGGCCAUCACACGGGCGGAUGUUGCACAGGACAAUGGCCGAAUGCUUCGCACCAAUCAGUACAAUUCGAAGUGGUUGAACGACCCGCAGUUUGUGGGAAGCUUCGAGAAGGGGGAGUUCGUGUAUUUUGUGUUCCGGGAGGCGGCCGUCGAGUACAUCAACUGCGGAAAGAUUGUUUACUCGCGGAUCGCUCGGAUCUGCAAGAACGAUCCGGGCGGUACGCAGAUUUUGAAAGACAACUGGACUUCGUUCGUCAAGGCCAGACUGAACUGCUCGCUACCGGGUGACUAUCCGUUCUACUUCAACGAAGUGCAAGGAAUUGUGUACUCCCAGGAGGAGGGGGUACUGUACGCAACUUUUACCACACCAGAAAAUAGCAUCCACGGAUCAGCAAUCUGCGCGUACAAUAUGUCCUCCAUCCAUGCCGCUUUUUCCGGGGCAUUCAAACAUCAGGAAUCCCUCGGGUCCGCAUGGCACCGACAGGAUGCCCAACACCGAGACCACUACGAGUGUAACGCGGGACCAUCGGCCCGUCGUAUAUCGUUGAUCGAUUCGUCCAAGUAUCAACUGAUGGACCAAGCCGUACAACCGAUCAUCGGACAGCCCCUGCACCACACUAAACUGGAACGGUUCGGUCACAUUGCGAUCGAUGUCAUUCCUACGAAGCUGCACGAACGAGUGCACAUUAUCUAUGUGGCGACCGAUGGCGGCUUGAUUAAAAAGAUUUCCGUUUUGCCGCGCACGAAAAGCACUUGCGUUGUGGAAAUCUGGAGACCUGAUCCAGCUGUCGAGUCGAAGAUACGCACAAUCCAGUACGUAAAAGAAACUGACUCACUUUACGUGGGAACCGACUCGGCUCUAAGUCGAAUAUCGUCCCAUCAUUGCAACCGGCACCUUUCAAAGUUGAGCUGCCUGAAUUCGAUGGAUCCUCACUGUGGCUGGAACGAACUCCAGGAGGCGUGUACCAUUGCUCCCAACGGAGAUACACUGGCCAAAUACUGGAUUCAGAAUGCCACCGAGUGUCCGGUGCUGACAGCUCCUGUGGACGGUGGAUGGUCGGCAUGGUCGGAAUGGAAUAAAUGUUCUCAGUUUGGUGGAAAUGCUCAACCAUCUAGUGCCAACGAAGAGCUGACACUGAAUUCCGAUUCCUGUUUAUGUCGCACCAGAGCAUGCGAUAAUCCGUCGCCGAAGAAUGGCGGACGCACCUGUACCGGAGUAAGUAUCGCCGUCACCAACUGCACAGUGCAUGGGGGCUGGACCGACUGGAGUGCCUGGUCGGCUUGUUCUCAAACGUGUGGAAUGGCAGUUAAGACCCGGCGAAGAACCUGUGGUAACCCGAAACCGGCUCACGGUGGACGAGUUUGUGUAGGACCCGAUCGAGCGGAAAUCUACUGUUCGCAUCUUCCACCGUGUCCAGCUCCAAAACAACCCCCCAUCGACGGCGGUUGGGGUCCAUGGGGAGUGUGGGGCGAAUGUAGUGCAGCUUGCGGUGGUGGUUAUCGGAUUCGCCGACGUAAGUGUGAUGACCCAAUGCCUCAGAAUGGUGGCAUGGAAUGCCCGGGAUGUCAUUUGGACUACGAAGUUUGUAACACACAUUCCUGUCCGGAUGUAAAGCGAGCUGGUGCCUGGACACCGUGGCUUACGGUGGCAAAUGGGACACUGCCGAACGGAGGUUAUGUUGAAAAACGGUUCCGAUUUACGUGCAAAGCGCCAAUCGCUGAUUCUUCACUACUGAGAAUUAGUCCCAAGGAGGAAACACGGAUAUGCCAUGCGGACGGAUCGUGUCAGCGGUCGUCGAGUGAUUCCGGCCAUUCUGGCAGCGGUACAGGAAGUGGUGCUGCUACGACUGAAAAUGAAGACGGUUGGGGAGAGUGGAGUUCCUGGAGCAGCUGUAGUUCUUCCUGCGGUGGUGGACAACAGUUUAAGACACGGUCCUGUGAAAAGACGGAGUGUGAUGGAGUUAACAAGAUGGCGAGGGCUUGCAAUACUCAACCGUGUAAAGGUGAAUGGGGAUGCUGGAGUGAUUGGUCGCCGUGUUCGGUAUCGUGUGGACUGGGAACCCGAACACGCUCGCGCCAGUGUUUGUCAAUGUCUGGCAACAUUAUUUUCGGCAAUGACUGCGAAGGACAAAGUACUCAGUAUGAUACCUGUGAAAUGCCUAGUUGUGAUUCUUUCCUUGGCUGGGGUGAAUGGAGCGACUGGUCCCAGUGUAACACGGAUGGGGAGAAAAUUAGAACCAGAAUUUGCUUGAUACCCACUCCCGACCAGAAAAUGUGCCAGGGCAGCGAUCGCGAGAUUCGCAAGUGUCACAUGGAAAUGAGUAAUGAAAUUCCUCACGCCCUGACGGCUGGAACCUCUUCGGUGGCAUGGAUUGUAUUCGUCGUAGUGCUCGCCAUUAUUGGCUGUUGCACUGCCAGCGUUCUCAUCACUGUCUAUAUGAUGAAGCAAAGAGUCAAAGGAAUCAAAGCGAUUCAAGGUUCACCGUGUUACGGUUCCUAUCCUAAUCAGUACUCGUCGCUGCCGACAAAAGACUACACCGAAGGCCACAAGCCAAAGCGGCAGUCCUCGUUCAACGGCCGGAACGACGCUAGCGGAUCGAAAAUAGCCAACGGUCACACAACGCUGACCAAAUCGAACAACGUCAACGGGGCACUGGGAAACAACACUCCCAAGGUGCUGGCCAAAUCGUUCAAUGACUCCGACACGGCCACCAUCAAGCGGAAUUCCCACGGGCUCAACAACAUACGUCACGCACGGCAGUUAGAACUGGAGGAGGAAAAGUAUUGAUUCGCAAAGGGCAAUCUUGCGGGACACUUUUGUAAAAUUUGUUGAUUUUGAACGUUCUUUUUCUAAAACCAAGAAUUCUGAUCUCAACUGCCAGCAACGCACGAACAGAAAUCAUUUCUCAUCGAAUAGCAUAUCCUAUUGGGAUGAAGAUAUUUAAAACCAGAAAGAAAGCCAGUUGACCGAACGGACAAUUGAUUAAAACAGGAUCAGUACAAAGCGGAAGGGACCAGAAAAAUCUCACCAACCAUGAACUCAAUUUCAAUGCAUUGGAAACGAACCCACAAUCAACAAACAUGGAAGCAGAAGAGCUAUAGAACAAUUUAAUGACGACGAAUGAUUAGAUCAAGGCUGACUGUAGAAAUUAGUAUUCAAUAGAUGCAUAACAAAAAAGUUUAGGUUUUAGGAUACCGGUGAAUUUUAACAUUAACGUAGAACAAAACAAACGCUUCAACUCGCUGUUAACGGACGAUCGAGGGGCUACAAAUGUUUAACCAAAUGAACGCUAAUUUUUAUCCUUUCAACAAGCACUACUUAUUACAUUAAUUUUUCAUUUGUUUAACUCAAACAACAAACAGCAACUGUAGUGAUUAAUCAAAUACGGCAUGAAGAUUUUUUUUUUGUGUUAUCAUUUUCAUUCAAACGAUGUGAGCGAGCACUACGGCAGUGCAACUUUAUUUUGAAAUCAGUGCCAUUGCGGUAGAAGGAGAUUCGUAAAGCAAUUCGAGACUUUCGAACAUAAACUAAAGCAAUCGUUUUUGUUACUGUUUAAAUUUUACACAUUAGACUUUGAAAAAUUCAAAUAAUCGUUAGCUAUUAGGGAUAUGGUAAAACCAGGUUUUACUUGUGAUAAGAGUAGCUCAAAUUGAGCGACAUUUUUAAAAAUCUAAAUAAGAUAGUUUAAACAGUACGAGAAACUAAGAACUUUGAGACUUUAAGAAAGACAUUUAUUUGAAGAAAAAAAAACGAGUUUUUUUUUUCAAAAUACUUGA